CAACCGCCGUGUGGCAAUAAUCAUCCGUCUUCUUUCGUUACAGAGAGAGAUUGAGAGAGUGGGAGAGAGCUCCAUCGAAAUGGAAGGUAGUAGCAGAGCUAGCGCAAUCCGUCAGCUGCAGGACGCGAAGCGCUUGUCGGGAAAAUCUUGCAACCAGAUAGCGGAAGAGACUGGCCUCACUAACGUCUAUGUCGCUCAGCUUCUCCGGCGUCAAGCGCAACUUAAGCCUGAGACUGUCCCGAAAUUGAGGGCAGCCUUGCCUCAUCUUACCGAUGAUCAUAUUCAAGAGAUGAUGCUGCCGCCAAUGAGGUGCUACGAUCCUUGUUUGAUCCAAGAACCUACGAUUUACAGAUUGAACGAAGCAGUUAUGCAUUUUGGCGAGAGCAUCAAAGAAAUUAUUAAUGAGGAGUUUGGCGAUGGAAUUAUGUCAGCCAUAGACUUCUACUGCUCAGUCGACAAGGUCAAGGGUGUUGAUGGGAAGGACCGUGUUGUGAUAACAUUUGAUGGUAAAUAUUUGCCCUACACAGAGCAGAAGGUAGAGCAUAUGGCUUCCAGACGACCGUCGUAGGAAAGUUGAGCGCGAUUCUAAAGCUUGCAACAUGGUUGCUGUAAGAAUCUGCUCUUUUUUUCUCCCUGCAGUGUAAUUGCUUUGCAUCCUUCAUUUGAAAAUCUUGUAUAAUAAAAUGUGAAGCUGCUUGCUUUUGUGUAUGAAAGCCUCAUAGCAAUGUUCUUAUGGCUUUCAAGUGUUUCUAUGUGAUCCUGUCAUGGCCAAGUUUGUCCUGGGUGACUUUGUUAGCUCUAAAUUGAUUGUCUAUCAGGUCAUAGACGUGCAAUUGUAUCUUGUACCGAGUCAAUAAAAGUGUCUUUAUUUAGAA